AUGGCUUCCCAAGCUGUUUUCGUGUGUGGAGCAACUGGCACUCAAGGUGGCGCCUUGGCCAGACAACUUCUCUCAAAAGGAAUCGCCGUCCAUGCCGUCGCCCGGGACCCGACCUCCCCCAAGGCCAAGGCCAUUGAAUCACUGGGCGCCAAGCUCUGGCACGGCGACUUUGACAACGAGGAUGCCCUGCGAGACGCUCUGGCGGGUACCGCAGCCGUCUUCCUCAACUUCAUGCCUGACUUCAACGACGCAUCCGCCAACCUCCGCCAGGCAAAGCUCAUCAUCCGUCUUGCCCAAGCCGCCGGAGUCACUCAUGCCGUAUGCAGCAGUGGCAUGAAGCCCGAUCGGCUGAAGGAGCUGCUGGACGAUGUGCCAGAGGACACCUUCUUCUCCCAGAUAAUGCGUGUCAAACUCGACAUCGAGAAGGAGGUCCGCCUCGGCUUCCAGACCUCCACCAUCCUCCGACCGGGAUUCUUCAUGGCCAACUUCAUGCAGCCCCUGGUCAUGAUGUAUCCCGAUCUCACCUCGACCGGAAAAUGGACCACUGCCUUGUUCGCCGAUACCCAGCUCACCCUGACCGACACGGAGACGAUUGGCGUCUUCGCCGCAGCCGCCGUGCUCGAUCCCGAGCGCUUCAACGGAAAGGACAUACAUUUUUGUGAUGAGCUCCUGACGACGGACCAAAUCGCCCAAAAGUUGAGGGCGGCCACAGGAAAGGAUAUCGAGAGGAUCACUCUACCAGAAGAAGACGUCCAGGCGCAAAAGGAAGCAAACCCUUUUAUUCGCGGACAGCUGGCGAUGAGAACCAUGGCACGCGACGUGAGUAUGGAGGAGAUCAGAGGCUUCAACCUCCCCCUUAGCACAUUUGAUGCCUUUUUGGCAAGGGAAAAGGAAACCCUUGAUAUCACUUUCGCCAAUGUCCCCAAGGCUUAG